CAACUCCCCACUAAAUUCCCCCCACUAAACAAACACCCCCUUCUUUCUCUCUCCUCUUGUUUUUAUCCAAGGUUUCAAACCCACUUUUUUUCACACUUCCACUCUCUCUCUCCUCCCCCUUCUUUCUCUCUCUAAAAAAACAUUACUUCAGGUUUCUGCCUUCCUCUGUUUUCUCCAUGUGUAAAAACUGAAUUUCUAAUCAAAUUUCUCACUAUCUUCUUCCUCUUCAAAUUUGCAAAAAAGGGUUCUUUCUUAUUUUUAAUAAUAAUGUUUUCAUUCAUAUAAUACCUCCACUUUAUCUUUCUGUUAUUACAACAUUAUUCCCCUGUUUUUUUCACUCUGUUUUCUCUCUCCUCUUUCUAUUCCAUUAAUGGGUGCUUCUGGAAAGUGGGUUAAAACCCUCAUAGGCUUCAAAAAACCAGAAAAAGAUGAUUCUAAUGAAAAAUCAGGGAUUAAUAAUAAAGUGAAGAAAUGGAAGCUAUGGAGGAGUCCAUCAGGUGAUCUGGGUACUUGGAAAGGUUUUAAGGGUCGUCAUAAGACUACAGCUUCAGAGGGUUCGGAUUCUCCGUGUCGAAACGAUGCGUUUAAUGCUGCUGUAGCUACUGUGGUUAGAGCACCUCCUAAGGAUUUUCGUGUUGUUAGGAAAGAAUGGGCUGCCAUUCGUAUUCAAACUGCCUUCCGUGGCUUUUUGGCAAGAAGGGCCUUGAAAGCAUUGAAGGGAAUUGUGAGGCUGCAAGCUCUAGUUAGAGGGCGGCAAGUUCGGAAGCAAGCAGCCGUGACACUAAGGUGUAUGCAGGCAUUGGUUCGGGUUCAGGCACGAGUUAGAGCUCGGCGUGUAAGGAUGUCGAUUGAAGGGCAGGCUGUACAACACUUGAUUGAUGAACGUCGUAGCAAGUCUGAACUUUUGAAACAAGCUGAGGAAGGAUGGUGUGAUAGUAAAGGAACAUUGGACGAAGUGAAGUCAAAGUUGCAAUUAAGGCAAGAAGGAGCUUUUAAAAGAGAAAGAGCUCUUGCUUAUGCUCUUGCUCAAAAGCAAUUGAGGUUGACACCCUUUUCAGGAUUCCAAACAAAUGUCCCAACUUCUUCUUUCAAGAGUUUGGAAAUGGAAAAAAACAGCUGGAGUUGGUUAGAAAGAUGGAUGGCAGCAAAACCAUGGGAAAAUAGACUAAUAAUGGAAGAAGCUCAUAGUACAAUAUCAGAAGUGAAAACCCCACCUCCUAAAACUUUUGUCAAUCCCUUCAAAGAAACUUGUCCUAAAUCUUCUGAACUCCAAAGUCAUGUAAAAGUAAGAAAGAACAAUAUGACCACAAGAAUCUCGGCUAAACCACCCAUGAUAGCUCAAGCAACGCGUUCAUCAUCAAGCCCGAGUUCAGAUUUUCUGUAUGAUGAGAGCUCGGCUUCCUCCUCAAUGUGCACUUCCACAACUCCGGUUUCUGGGAACGAGGAACAUGGUGGCUAUACUACUAAUAGUAGCAAGCCGAGUUACAUGAAUCUUACUGAAUCGACUAAGGCAAAGAGGAGAACUCAAAGGGUACAAAUGCAGUCAAUGGAUGAGUUUCAGUUUGCAAAGAAACUUGCAGGGCUUACAAAUGGAGAUUCUAAGAGUAGUGCAGGCUCUGAUCCUCCUUCAGUCAAUUUCUCUAGGCCGCUGAAUUUGCCUACGAGUCGAUUGGAAAAGAACUUGAUGAGGCCAAGGGAAAGAGAGAACUACUUGUACAACUGAUGUAGGGAAGGAGGGGUAUUGCUUUCUCUUGUUUGUUAAAGCAACAGCUUGUUGUUCAUGUAACAUGUAAGUCAAAAAACUUGAAAAAGCAAAUUAAGCUUUGGUGUUGUUCCUGUGUUUUUGUGAUCUAGGUAUCUCACUAGUGCAAAUUGUAAUUGGAGUAUUCUUUUUGUUCUUUACUUGCAAUGUAGAAAGUCUUGGAUGUUGUAAUGUGCUUUUGCACUUUGUUGUAGUAAAUGAAUGUGUAAUGUUUGCUCUUCA